AUUUCCCCUCACUCUCCACCACACUCUCCAGUAGCAAACCAAACCCCGGAAAAAAACACAACUGGUCCAACUCUCUCUCUCAUAUGCUCUGUUCCUGAACCAGAGCAUGGAGCGUCUCACAUUUCCCUUCCUCUUCCUAGUCCUUUCCAUUCUCUCACCAUCAGAUGGUGGCUCAAUCGGGGUGAAUUACGGCCGCAUCGCCAACAACCUCCCAUCCGCCGUCAAAGUAGUCCAACUCCUCAAAUCCCAGAACAUCAACCGGGUCAAACUCUACGACUCCGACCCCGCCGUCCUCAAAUCCCUCGCUGGCUCCGGCAUCAGAGUCACCGUCGACCUUCCCAACCAGCUCCUCCCCUCCGCCGCCAAAACCCCCUCCUUCGCCCUCCAAUGGGUCCGACAGAAUGUCGCCGCCUACCACCCCUCCACCCAAAUCGAGUCCAUCGCCGUCGGAAACGAGGUCUUCGUCGACCCGAGCAACACCACCCGGUUCCUCGUGCCCGCCAUGAAGAACAUCCACCAAGCACUAGUCAAAUUCCAUCUCCACUCCACCAUCAAAGUCUCCUCCCCCAUCGCACUGUCAGCCCUCCAGAGCUCCUACCCGUCCUCCGCCGGGUCCUUCCGACCCGAGUUAAUCGAACCCGUCUUCAAGCCCAUGCUCGACUUCCUCCGCCAAACCGGGUCAUACCUCAUGGUCAAUGCAUACCCUUUUUUCGCUUACGAGUCCAAUGCCAAUGACAUCCCGCUAGACUACGCUCUUUUUCGAGAAAACCCGGGCGUGGUGGACGCCGGGAACGGGCUGCGCUACUUCAACCUCUUCGACGCACAAAUUGACGCCGUUUUCGCGGCAAUGUCGGCUCUAAAAUACGACGAUUUGGAGAUGGUGGUGACUGAAACGGGUUGGCCUUCGAAGGGAGACGAGAACGAAGUCGGAGCGAGCUUAGACAACGCCGCAGCGUAUAACGGGAACCUGGUGCGCAGGAUACUCACCGGGGGUGGGACCCCGUUGAGGCCCAAGGCGGAUCUGACCGUUUAUCUCUUCGCUCUGUUCAACGAGAACAAAAAGAACGGGCCCACGUCGGAGAGAAAUUACGGCUUGUUUUACCCGAGCGAGGAGAAGGUUUACGACGUUCCGUUUACGGUGGAGGAGUUGAAGGGGUACAGGGACAAGAGGAAGUCUUCUUCUUCACCGGUGGCCGGCGGCGGCAGGCUGUCGACGCCGGUGAGCGGGAACGUGUCACCGAGCGUUGCGGGGCAGACGUGGUGCGUGGCGAGCGGGGAGGCGGGGAAGGCUAAGCUGCAGCCGGCGCUGGACUUCGCGUGCGGGGAGGGAGGGGCGGAUUGCCAUCCGAUACAGCCGGGGUCCACGUGUUACGAUCCGAACACGCUCGAGGCGCACGCGUCGUACGCGUUCAACAGUUACUACCAGAAGAAGGGGCGGGCGAUCGGGACGUGUUACUUCGGCGGGACGGCGUACGUGGUCAGCCAGCCACCGAAGUAUGGGACCUGUGAUUUCCCAACAGGGUACUGAAGAAUAAAGAAAAGAGAGAGAGAGAGAGAGAGAGAGAGCGAGGGGGGUGUGGGGGUUGAACUGUAUUGGGGGUGUAGAAAGUGAUAGGAGCUCUUGUAUUAAUGGCAGUACCUGUAGCCUCUUCGGACAGUCCAAGUUUUGGUUUCCAAUGUGUAUUUACUUUUGAGUAGUUGAAGUAGUUAGUUGGAGAAAACACUUGGACCACUAUAAUUAGCUUUGUCUAUAAACCUUAUCCUAAUUUAUUAGGAGUACAUUUUCCUGCUUGUCCA